AGAACCUGAGCACAUUCCAGCAGAGAACAUGCCUGGGUUUAUAAAAACAAACCAAAGCAGGUCACAGCAUUAACAUUCAGGGGGAAUACAGUGAAAAUCUCAUUCCAACACUGGCAUUGCUGGGGCUUGUAACCGAUUUUUUCUUUUACUUUGCAAAAGUUUCUGAUAGGCGGAGCAUCUAGUAAUCCCUUUCAUUCCCAAACUGUGUCUCACUUCCUGCUCUAAUCACAACUUUUAGCAGAAGAGCAGCUGACAUAGUGUGAGCAGUGUCGGCUAUUAAAUGUGCCCCUAACCGAUCCUCAAAAUGAGAUUUCCAGCACAGAUUGUUUGGCUUAUGUGGUGGACUGUUUGUGUUGCAGAAGAUUGUAAAGGACCUCCUCCAAGAAAACAAACUGAAAUUUUGUCAGGUGUCUGGUCUGAACAAGACUAUCCAGAGGGAACUCAGGCUACAUAUAAAUGCCGACCUGGAUAUAUAACUCUUGGAUCUAUUAUAAUGCAAUGCAGGAAUGGAGAAUGGGUGGCUCUUAAUCCACUGAAAACAUGUGAGAAAAGGCCCUGUGGACAUCCUGGAGAUACACGUUUUGGUACUUUUCAACUUGAAAGAGGAGAAAAGUUUGAAUAUGGUGCAAAGGUUGUUUACACAUGUAAUGAAGGGUAUCAGAUGCUAGGUAGCAUCAAUUUCCGUGAGUGUGAAUCUGAUGGAUGGACCAAUGAUAUUCCUAUAUGUGAAGUUGUUAAGUGUUUACCAGUGACACAUCCAGAGAAUGGGAGAUUGACCAGUAGCGCAUUGGACCUAGACAAGGAAUAUACUUUUGGACAAGUAGUACGGUUUGCGUGCAAUUCAGGCUUCAUGCUUGUUGGGCCUGCAGAAAUACAUUGCUCAACGAAUGGUGUUUGGAGUGGAGAAAGCCCAAAAUGUGUGGAAAUUUCCUGCCAAAAGCCAGAAAUCGCAAAUGGAAAUGCUGCAUCUCUGAAGAAAACUUACAAGGAAAACGAACGAUUUCAGUAUACAUGUCACCAGGGUUAUGAAUACGGUAGUAAAGGAGAUGCCAUAUGCACUGCAUCGGGAUGGACUCCAACCCCUUCAUGUAAAGAAUUCUUAUGUCCUUCUCCUAAUAUUCAAAAUGGUGACUACACGCCCCAAAGCAUCAGAUACAGAAGUGGAGAUGAAAUCACAUAUAAUUGUAAACCUGGCUUUUAUCCUUCAAACCGAGAAAAAAUGGCAACAUGUACUAAAACUGUCUGGGUACCUCAGCCAAGAUGUGAGAAACGUUGUGAUUUUCCAGAAAUAAAACAUGGACUACUACACAAUGAAUAUAACUAUAGACGAGACUUUCCAGUAUCUGUAGGAAAAAAAUAUUACUAUUCCUGUAACCACGAUUUCGUGACAGAUAAAAAACAGAACGGGGGAUAUAUUCAUUGCACACAAGAAGGAUGGUCACCAGCAGUACCGUGCCGCAGACAAUGUCUUUUUAAUUAUUUGAUAAAUGGAGAAUAUCCAUAUCCAGCAAAAAUGUAUUUCCAAGGUGACUCUGUAAGUGUUAACUGCUAUGCUGACUACAGUCUUCAAAAUGCGCAGACUGUAAUGACCUGUACAGAAGAUGGCUGGGCACCUGCUCCCGAAUGCCUUCCUCCUGGGUAUCGUUGUGAUUUUCCAGAAAUAAAACAUGGUAGUCUACACCAUGAAAGUAACUAUAGACAAAACUUUCCAGUACGUGUAGGAGAAAAAUAUUGGUAUUCCUGUGAUCAAAAUUUUGUGACUGUUUCACAAAAGCCCUGGGAACAUAUUCAUUGCACACAAGAAGGAUGGUCACCAGCAGUACCAUGCCGCAGACAAUGUAUCUUCAAUCAUUUGAAAAAUGGAGAGUAUCCAAAACAAGGAGUUAAAUAUGUACAAGGUGAAAAUGUAAGUGUUAAUUGCAAUUCUGGCCACAGUCUUCAAAAUGAGCAGACUGUAAUGACCUGUACAGAGGAUGGCUGGUUCCCUCCUCCUGAAUGCAUUCCUCUCAAAACAUGUUCAAAAUCAGAGAUAACAAUUGAAAAUGGAUUUUUUUCUGAAUAUGAACCUACAUAUUCCUUAAAUAAAGAAACACAGUAUCAAUGUAAACCAGGGUAUGUAACACCAGAUGGUAAAACUUCAGGACCCGUUACAUGUCUGAAAAGUGGAUGGUCACCUCAACCCACAUGUAUUAAAUCUUGUGAGAUGCCAGCAUUUGAGAAUGCCAAAGCCAAAAGCAAUGGCACGUGGUUUAAACUCAACGACACGUUGGACUAUGAAUGCCACAAUGGAUACAAAAGCCAAGAUGGGCGCACAGGUUCAAUAGUGUGUAGUAACGAUGGUUGGUCUCAUAAACCAGUAUGUUAUGAAAUAGAAUGCAAGAUUCCUGAAAUAGAAGAUAACUUAAAUACUCAGCCCAAAGAAGACAAAUAUAAAGUCGGAGAUGUGUUGAAAUUUUUCUGCACACAAAGACUUAAAAGAGUUGGCCCAGAUUCAGUUCAGUGUUACGACUUUGGAUGGUCCCCUAAUCUUCCAACAUGUAAAGAAAGGAUCCUCAAAAUGAGAUUUUCAGCACAGGUUGUUUGGCUUAUGUGGUGGACUGUUUGUGUUGCAGAAGAUUGUGAAGGACCGCCUCCAGGAAAACAAAAUGAAAUUUUGGUAGGUGUCUGGCCUGAACAAAAAUAUCUAGAGGGAACUCAGGCUACAUAUAAAUGCCGACCUGGAUAUAGAACUCUUGGAGCUAUUAUAAUGGAAUGCAAGAAUGGAGAAUGGGUGGCUCUUAAUCCAUUGAGGAUAUGUCAGAAAAGGCCCUGUGGACAUCCUGGAGAUACUUCUUUUGGUUCCUUUCAUCUUGCAAGAGGAAAUGAAUUUGAAUAUGGAGCAAAGGUUGUUUACACAUGUAAUGAGGGGUAUCAGAUGCUAGGUAGGAUUAAUUUCCGUGAGUGUGAAUCUGAUGGAUGGACCAAUGAUAUUCCUAUAUGUGAAGUUGUUAAGUGUUUACCAGUGACACAUCCAGAGAAUGGGAGAUUGACCAGUAGCGCAUUGGACCUAGACAAGGAAUAUACUUUUGGACAAGUAGUACGGUUUGCGUGCAAUUCAGGCUUCAUGCUUGUUGGGCCUGCAGAAAUACGUUGCUCAACGAAUGGUGUUUGGAGUGGAGAAAGCCCAAAAUGUGUGGAAAUUUCCUGCCAAAAGCCAGAAAUUGCAAAUGGAAAUGCUGCAUCUCUGAAGAAAACUUACAAGGAAAACGAACGAUUUCAGUAUACAUGUCACCAGGGUUAUGAAUACGGUAGUAAAGGAGAUGCCAUAUGCACUGCAUCGGGAUGGACUCCAACCCCUUCAUGUAAAGAAAUCAUAUGUGCUUCUCCUCACAUUGAAAAUGGUAACUAUGCACCAGAAAGCAUCAGAUACAGAAGUGGAGAUGAAAUCACAUACAAUUGUAAAACUGGCUUUGAUCGUUCAACCCAAGGAAAUACGGCAACAUGUACAAAUAGAGGCUGGGUACCUCAGCCAGGAUGUACUAGGAAUCGUUGUGAUUUUCCACAAAUAAAACAUGGUAGUCUAUACUAUGAAAUUAUCUAUAGACGAGACUUUCCAGUACGUGUAGGAAAAAAAUACUGGUAUUCCUGUAAGACCAAUUUUGUGACUGCUUCACAAGAGCCCUGGGAAUAUAUUCAUUGCACAAAAGAAGGAUGGUCACCAGCAGUACCAUGCCGCAGACAAUGUAUUUUCAAUCAUUUGAAAAAUGGAGAUAACCCGAAACAAGAAGUAAAAUACGUACAAGGUGAAUCUGUAAGAGUUAACUGCCAUGCUGGCUACAGUCUUCAAAAUGAGCAGACUGUGAUGACCUGUACAGAGGGUGGCUGGUUCCCUCCUCCCGAGUGCAUUCUUCUCAAAACAUGUUCAAAAUCAGAGAUAACAAUUGAAAAUGGAUUUUUUUCUCAAUAUGAACUUACAUAUUACUUAAAUAAAGAAACACAGUAUCAAUGUAAACCAGGAUAUGUAACACCAGAUGGUAAAACUUCAGGAUCGGUUACAUGUCUGAAAAGUGGAUGGUCACCUCAACCCACAUGUAUUAAAUCUUGUGACAUGCCAGCAUUGGAGAAUGCCAAAGCCAAAAGCAAUGUCACGUGGUUUAAACUCAAUGACAAGUUGGACUAUGAAUGCCACGAUGGAUACGAAAGCCAAGACGGGCGCGCAGGUUCAAUAGUGUGUGGUAACGAUGGUUGGUCUCAUAAACCAAUAUGUUAUGAAAAAGAAUGCAAGAUUCCUGAAAUAGAAAAUAACUUAAAUACUCAGCCCAAAAAAGAAAAAUAUAAAGUCGGAGAUGUGUUGAAAUUCUUCUGCAGACAAAGACUUAAAAGAGUUGGACCAGAUUCAGUUCAGUGUUACGACUUUGGAUGGUCCCCUAAUCUUCCAACAUGUAAAGAGCAAACAAAAGAGUGUUAUCCACCUCCUCAACUCCUUAACGGGAAAGUUAAAGAAACACAGAAAGAAAACUACGAACACAACGAUUUGGUGGAAUAUGUGUGCAAUCCUAGAUUUCUGAUGAAGGGUUUUAAUAAAAUUCAGUGUGUUGAUGGACGGUGGACAGACUUGCCUAUUUGUAUUGAGGUGGAGACUACAUGUGGAGAUAUACCAGAACUUAAUUAUGGCUACGCUGUUCAGACUUCUAACCCUCCCUAUCACCAUGGAGAUUCAGUGGAGUUCAAUUGCAGAGAAGGAUUCACAAUGAUUGGACAGAAAUCAAUUACAUGUAUAAGUGGAUCGUGGACCCAACUUCCUCAGUGCAUUGCAACAGAUGAACUUCAGAAGUGUAAAUACAGCUUAACUAUACGUGAGGCGAAUCCAUUAUACAAGACCGAAUUUGAUCAUAAUGAGAACAUAACUUACAAAUGUAGAGGAAAAUUAAAACAGAAACACUCAACGUGCAUAAAUGGAAGAUGGGAUCCUGAUCUAAACUGCACAGGUAAGAUCUUGUUUAUAGUACUUUCAAAAUCUUAUUCUAUUUCUUCCGAACUUGCCAAAGCAGUAUUUGGGCAUCUUUUAAACAUGUUUAACUAUUUAUUAUUACAAAUAACUUUGAAGCCGGAAGGGAACUUAGAAACUAACCACAACAUCAUUUCUAGCCUGGGGAUCAAGGAGUGUGCCCUCUGUGGGCUGAGCAUGCUGGCCAGCUUUAGCGAGGCAGCAGAAUGCAGGGCUGGGGCCCGCUCGCCGGCUUUGAUGAAGCCACAGGAGAGCCCCGGGCUGGAGUGCACCCACUGGUGCCAUCAAGAACCUGUUUUUCUUUGCACUUUCAAUAAAUCAAAUAAUAUCUUUUUAGAUCCUAAUGAAAACUGUGGGCCCCCUCCGCCUAUUGACAAUGGAGACAUGACCACAUUCCCAAAAUCAGAAUAUGCUCCAGGGUCAUCUGUUGAGUACCAGUGCCAGUCCUUGUAUGUGCUUGAGGGAAACAAGGUCAUCACAUGCAGAUACGGACAGUGGUCAAAACCACCAAAGUGCUUAGAUGUAUGUAUAAUAUCAGAAGACUCCAUGGAAAGACAUAACAUACAAUUACGAUGGUCUUCUGUGAAAAAACUGUAUUCCCCAACAGGGGAUACUGUUGAAUUUGAAUGUAAAGCUGGAUAUCGUAGACAGACAUCACAACAGACAUUCCGAGCAACCUGUUGGGAGGGGAAGCUGACCUAUCCUGUUUGUGUAAAAAGCAAUGGUUAAGAUGCAGUCCUAAAACUAAAAUAUGUACAAUA